AAUAAACAAAAAUGGAUUCUCGAAAAACAAGUAUUUUUCCCGCUUUUAAUGGAAUGUUCUACCGACUACUGCCACCAUAAGAUUUAUAUUAAAUGGAUAAGUUGGAUCGAUUUAUCAAGCUAGCAAAGGCAGGAGAAGGUACAUAUGGAGUGGUUUAUAAAGCCAAAAAUAAGUUAACUGGUAAAAAUGUAGCACUUAAAAGGAUUAAAUUGGAAAAAUUCUACAACAAAGGAGAUUCAGAGGGAGUGCCUCCAACAGCUAUACGGGAAAUAAGUCUACUUAAAGGUCUUAGACAUUCUUCUAUAGUAGAACUUCUAGAUGUAAUGCAGACAACUGAUAAACUAUAUUUAGUAUUUGAAUAUUUAGAUUUGGAUUUAAAGAGAUAUUUGGACAAUACUAGACGACCUAUGGAGGCAGAACUUCUUAGGAAUUAUAUGAAGCAGCUGAUUGAAGCCCUAGCAUAUUUGCAUUCUCACAGAAUACUACACAGAGAUCUGAAGCCGCAGAAUUUACUUGUUGAUAAGGAAGGACAUAUUAAGCUUGCAGAUUUUGGUUUGUCACGAUCCUUUUCCCUUCCAACUCGGACAUAUACACAUGAAGUUGUAACAAUUUGGUACCGAGCUCCAGAGCUACUUUUAGGGGCUAAGAUGUAUUGUCCCGGCAUUGACAUCUGGAGUUUGGGUUGUAUUAUGGCAGAAAUGCUGACGAAAAAAGCACUCUUCCCUGGAGACUCGGAAAUAGACCAACUGUACAAGAUAUUCAAGAUCAUGGGAACGCCAACAGAAGAAAAUUGGGAAGGAGUUUCUUUGUAUCCAGAUUACAAACCUACAUUUCCCACGUGGAAAGCUGUGGAUUUAAGCGAUAUUGUUAGAUUCCACAAUCAAGAGGAGGAAGAUUUCAUAUUAAAUAUGUUGACAUACAACCCAUCAAAAAGAAAGACUGCAAAAGAAUUAUUGAAACUGAACUAUUUGAAAGGAACAAAACUGACGUCUCCUGAAAUGGAAGCGUUUCCGUCUGAUGACGAGCAGUCCGAUUGAAUCUGAUAAAAUAAAAUUUGAGGAAAUUAUUUAAGAUACUAUUAUAAUAUUUUUUAUAUUAAUUUUAACGUAGCUGUAUUCGAUGUGAGUCAAUUUUUGAUUGUUUUUCGCGUUUGAAUAUUACAAGUUAAGUAUCGGUAUUUAAAUAUUCGCCAGUGCUGUAAUUAUAUUUGUGAUGAAUUGUAUGUUUUUCUAAUUGAACAUUGAAGUUUUGAAUUGAUAUUUAAAUGCUAAAUGUAAAUGGUAAAUUUAAAUAUAAUUAACGAGCGCAAUUUACGGAGUGUCUUCAAUUUUUUUUAUUUAUUUUUGUAUAAAAAUGGAAUGUAAUAUAUAACUUACCUAGCAA